UGUGAAGAGACGCAGCAUGAAGGACGGCUGCUACGCUGACACGGACGCUGAGCGGGAGGAAGUGUCUGCAGGUCAGAGGUCGUCCUGCCUGUGACAUCACGCGGCUGUGACAUCACGCGGCUGACAGGAAGUGGUCAUCAUGGUGGGCGUGGUGGCGUGCGGCGCGGUGGCGUCCAUCAAAGCUCUGUGGGAGACGAGGAUCAGGAAGAUCAGCCGGGAGGAAGAGGAGCAGAGGAAGAGGAGGAGGGGGGGCGGGGCCAGUGGCAGGCUGUGUGUUGGUGUUUGGGAGGACCGAGCGGUUCUGGCUCGGCUGAAGCAGAAACUGGAGACAGAAGACGGACGACUGAUCCUCCGGAUCCAGCAGGAGGACUGGAAGUCUCUGCCGGGCUGCCUGGUCCAGUUCAGCCAGGUCCAGGAGUGGCAGAUCCACCGGACUGGCCUGCAGAGCAUCCCUUCCUUCAUCUCCAGCUUCCAGAACCUUCUAGUUCUGGAUCUGUCUCGCAACAGCAUCACAGAGAUCCCCAAACAGAUCGGGCAGCUGACCCGGCUCCGAGAGCUGAUCCUCAGCUACAACAGAGUCCAGUUUGUUCCUGAAGAGCUGAGCGGGUGUGAGAGUCUAGAGAGACUGGACCUGGCCAUGAACCGGUCCCUGGACACACUGCCGGACCAGCUGAGCCAUCUGAAGAAGCUGCAGCAUCUGGAUCUGUCCAUGAACGAGUUCUGCUGCGUGCCGGACUGCGUGGUCGCCCUGCCAGCCCUCCAGUGGCUCGACAUGGGGGGUAACAGGCUGCAGUACCUGCCCCAAGACAUCCACAGGAUGGAGGAGCUCCACUCUCUGUGGCUGCAGAGGAACCAGCUUGAGAAACUUCCGGGGAACAUCGUGAGGAUGCAGCGCCUGGACACGCUGGUCCUCAGCAGCAACUGUCUCCGGGACAUCCCCCCUCUGAUGGAGGACAUGUCCAACCUCAGGUUUGUGAAUUUCCGGGACAACCCUCUGACUCUGGAUGUGAUGCUGCCGUGCAGGAAGACGAAGAACCCCGAUGAGGAAGAGGAGGAGGAGGAGGAGGAAGAGGACAGAGAGAUGUUUGGACGAGAGUUCAUGCAGAUGUACAUCCAGGAGGCGAGGAAGAGAGCCUACGCUGUUCUCAACGUGCACCGGGCCAACAGCUGCUGGAUCCUACAUUUCCCACAAUGCACCUUUCAUUAGAGCCUCCCUGCCUGCUGAACAGACUCCAGACCUCCAGACCAUCAUGUAACAUUCAUAACAUCAUCGUAACAGUGAGUGUGUGUCUCUGAGUGUGUCUGUCUGAGUGUGUGUGUGUGUGUGUGUGAAUAAUAAUUAAUACUAUCAUAGUAACAAUAAUAACUCCUGCUGGUAGAUUUUUCACUAAAACAUGUUAAGUCAUGUAGAAUAAUUUGACUGUUUAUAUAUUGUGAACAUGACCAUGUGUUUCUGUUUCAGAGCCCAACGAUGACUCAGCAAACUAAAAUAAUCUGAAAACAUCCUCAUCAUCUCUUCAUACAGUAUAUGUUUUUAUAUAUUUAUAUUUCUGGAGGCUGAAACCUGUUCUAAAUCUGUGUACGAGUUCAUGUUUGGUUUAGUUGAUCUGUUUAUAUAUUACUGUGUGAAAAUCAGCCAAUCAGAGACAGCCUGAACAAUCAGCCAAUCAGAGACAGCCUAAAGACGUGGAAACACUUUAAUGAAAAACAUGUCAACACAUGUUCACUUUAACUCCAAAUAAAAAACCUUCUGUACAAAGUCAGGCAGAGUCUUUGGGUUUCCUGUCUCAGUCUGUAGUCCUUCUGGAGUUUGUAGUCCUUUCAGAACCAAACGAUGACUCAGCAAACUACAACCUGUCCCUCUGCAUUUCUUCUUCUGGAGAAGACUCACAUCAAAGUCUCUUCAUUCUUUCAUUCAUUCAUGAUUCUCCAGGCUGAAAUCUGUUUAUGAAAUGUUAUGAGGUCAUGUUUUGAGUCUAUCUUUUCAUUUCUGCAGAACUUAAAAACAUCUCGACACAAUUUAAUUUUAACUUCAAAUAAAAACACUUUUGUACAAACUCA